UUACUAUUCGCACUAAAUUCAAGUUCAUGUAAACACAAACAUAAUCAACAUAAUGUGAUGUAUUUCUUUGCAAAGUGACAAGUCGCACUAUGUGCAUAACACGAAAUAUCUUCCCCGAUUUCAAGGAAUUUUAACGUCAAAAGAUGGGUAAACGCAAAGAAAUACGAAUGGAAGAGCAAAUAGAUGUUGGUACGUCUGAGUCAUCACACAGAAAGAAACACAAGAAACAUAAGCAUAAAAAGCACAAGAGGUCAAAACAUGAAGAGGUUGACUCCCCUCCUUAUGAAGAACCUCCACCUUUGGUUAUUGCUCCUGCUCCUAUCAAAGGUAUUAGUGACAAAGCAAUACCAACCAAUAAGAAAAGCAAAAAGUCUCGGCGGGAUAGCGGAACUUCAAGUGAAGAAGAACGAUGGCUUGAUGCGAUUGAAUCAGGAAAGCUAGAAGAGGUCGAUGAUGAACUUAUGAAAAUGAAACCAAAGGAUCCCAAGCUUAUGACUGCACGUCAACGAGCCAUGUUAAAAACUGAGACACCCAAUACUGAGGAGACCCUAUUUGCUUUACCAUCAGGUUACAAAGAGAAAGUUAUGACUGAAGAAAUGGCUCAGAAGGCAGCCUUGAAAUCACAACGUCGUAAGCAACAAGCAGAUGAAAAGAGGGAAAAGGACAAAAAAAAAACAAUGGAACGCUUAUUAAAGAAGCAAGAGUCUAAAGCAGGCAAGGCAGGUCAGAAAGGGAAAAGUAAAAAACAAGUUCCUCGUAUUUCUUACCACAUUACUGCAAAUAUUUCAACAAUCAACAUACCUUUAGGAUUUGAAUUCCCUCUGCAACCAGUUGUCAAACAAGAGAAACCUGAUAUUACGUAUUGCGGUGUAGAUGGCUGCUCUGAGAAAAAGAAGUAUGCCUGCUCUAGAACUGGAAUCCCUCUCUGUAGCUUAGCCUGCUAUCGCAAAAAUCUUUCAGGUACAGAGUUUGAUCAUUAAGUUUAAGUCCUCACAAUUAUAGUACAAUUGUGACUUUUUGUAUGAAUUAAGUGUCUAAUUUGAUUUUGUGAUAAUAGUUAAGUAAAUCUUGUUAACUGGUACUCUCCAAAACUCAAAUACAAUAUAAAAUAAUUACAGAAUGUAUUAAUGAUGUGUGACGAGACCUAAUGGAUGUAUGCACCACAUUGGGUAAUGUCUUAUUUAUAUCAGAUUCUUAUUGUCAAGCUGACUUUUUUAUGGGAAAAAUAACUCCCUACAUUCAUGAAGUAAUUGCAAGAAAACCUUGGACUUGGUCUAGAGUUUUCUUGUCCAUUCAUUUAUUCGUUUUGGCUCAGACUUACUUCACAAUUUUAUUUCAGUUGAUGAUAUAAUUCACAAUUCAAGUGUGUGACAUGAAAUCAAGAUUAUUUAGUUUGAUCUUUCUUAUUGUAAGGGGGAGGUAGUAAUAAAUACAAAAACGAUGA